AUGGCGCCAAACCAGCCGCAGCAGGUCACCCUGUCCCCGGCCGAGCUAUCCUUCCUGCGAUCGACCCUCGUCCAGUCACCCCCCAUCCGUUUCGACCACACCAAGGGUCCCAAGGACUUCCGGUCUAUGCGCGCAGAGUAUGACGUGCUGCCUGGAGCGAACGGAAGCGCACGCAUCGCCCUCGAGGAUGGCACCGAAGCACUAGUAGGCGUCAAAGCAGAGGUGGAAAAGUCACAACGGCGGCCUUCCCCCGAUGCGCGGGGCAAUACACUCUCAGUAGCGGCGGGGGAUGCAGAAAUGCGCGACACCGAUGCUGAGAAUCAUGGCAAGGGCAAGGGACAGAACUCGUGGAUUGAGACCAGCGUGGAGAUUCCAGGCUUCCGCGACGACGACCCGCUACCCGUCUUCCUCGCCUCGAUGCUCACCGAGAGCUUGCUUGCUAGUGGGGAGCUCAAGGACAGACUGUACAUCAACAGCCGCUUCCACUGGAAGUUAUACAUCGAUAUUCUCCUCCUCUCGCCGCCGCUUUCCUACCCGCUAGCCCUCCUGUCCAUGACUACCCACCUUGCCCUCCUCACGUCUCGCCUGCCGGCCUUGAAGUCAGAAAAGGACGAGGACCCGCUGUUCGACGACGACUGGGAUGCUGCCGUCUUCCUUUAUCCCAAGAACGAGGGCAAAAGCCUUUUCGGGGCCGCUGAGGACAAGCCUCCCGUAAUUGUGCUCGCCAUGGCUGUAGGGCCGAACAUCAUCUUCGACCCGUGCAUGGAGGAACUGGCCGUCGCGGAUGCCGUGCUCGCAGUUGCAUGCGCGAACGCGACCUCCUCGUCUACACGUGCACGAAUAGUGUCUAUUCGAACCAUCGACCCUCCAUCCCACCUCACACCUCCAGGCGUGCCGAACUCGAUGAAUUCUGCCACUGGUGGAACCGUCCCAGCUUCAAGCGCCGAUGCGUUAACACAGCGGGAGCUUCUCGCAACCUCUGGAGUUUGGACGCCUCCAAGGGGUGGUAUGAAGAGGGCACUGAUCUCUCAGGUCGUGAAGAUCGUGGUCGAAGAGGGAGGAGUCGCAGAAGAAGUCAUCAGCGCAUUGCAAGCCAUCGAGCUCGGCUGA